AUGGAGUUCACAACACACACUCACACACACUACAAGUUACAACACAUCCCAUGCAAAAGGAACAUCACUCAACAUAAGUGUUUAGGUGCCACCCAACCAAACCAAGCUGCUCCUAUGAGGCAGAUAGUUUUCUCCCGUUCGGACGCUAUACGCAAUGCAAACCCUAGACGGGCACGACACACGAAAAACCAACACCUCCUUAUACUUUAUCCACCCAACCACACUAAGACCCCAAUCACAAUCACCGCCGUCUUUCCCACACAAAUUCUCGAGCUCCGGAGCUCGACCUCCCAACUCAAUCCCCAUAACCUUCUCCCACUCCUCACUCCCCGGCCUCAGCUCCCAAACCCCCCACGACAACCACCCGCGCCUAACAUAACAAGAAAGCAAGUCGCCCUCCAGAAAACCACAGUUUCCCCUCUUCUUACCAGGCGGGCCCCGCAACUGCCUGAAGCCCUCUUUCUCCAAAUCGAGCAUCACCACAAUGUUCCUCGCCGGGUGGACCCAAUGCAUAUAGCCCUCCGUCACCAGCGGAGUCAAACGCCUGAGAAGCUUCUUGGCGGGUGGGGUCAGGUGCCCGCACUCGACCCGCCUCCACACGUCGUCCACUCCCAAAGUCAGCACGUAAAAAUCCGAGUCGAACGUGUGGACCACUUUGUACUCCAUGGAGGUUGGGACAUAUCCCAAGCCCGUGUGCCACCUGUCGUCUAUGUGGUACUCGUGCGUGGGGAUCGAGAAGUGUUGUUUCGUGGCGGGAUUCGCGACAAUAACCGUGAAACGGGCUUUGAGGUCGCCCUCGAGUAUCAGCCCGUUGCAGCUCGUCCAGACCAUGUCCCGGAACUUGUAGUCGAGCUUCGAGAUCUCGAUUUGGCCUCGGUCCACGUAAGCGAAAAUCGGGCUCGUGCGGGCGGUUUUGUCUUCUAUGUUCUGGAUGAGGAGGCCGCGGGGCGAAGAGUUGAGGUGCUCGUUUAUGAAGUCGGCGGAGUGGAUCGUGCGGUACCACUGGGGACAAACGAGACGGGUCACGUUGUAGAUGUCUUGGGCCGGAAGGUGAAGGAGGAUUUUGAACACAAUGUCGUCUGGGAGGGAUGA